AUGUCGUCCCUAGCUUUCUCCUCCGCCUCCAUGCUCUCCCGCCUCUUUCCACGACUCUCCCUUCAAUUCCCUCACACAACAAGCCAAUUGCUACGAUAUAACCAUGCACCGAACUCCCUUUUGACUGUCGCCGCAGCUGCAGCCGCUCCCGCUUCCAUCGUCAUCGAAAUCCCAUCCCUCCUCUCCGAUAUCUGGGAUUCCGUCCUGCGCGCCGUACCCAAGAAGAAGACCUCACAUAUGAAGAAGAGACACAGGCAGAUGGCUGGAAAGGCAUUGAAAGACCACCUGGAUCUGAAUACCUGCUCGAGCUGUGGGCAGCCGAAAAGAGCCCACUUACUGUGUCCAACUUGUGUUAGCGCAAGAAUGGAGAGAGGCGGAGAAGAAGGCGGAUAA